AGUUUUUCUAUAAUCUUAUCGUCUGGAAUCAUGCAACUUUUAAUGAUGAAGAUGUUCACACUAUUAAUGAUAUGUUACUCUUCUACGAAAAAGAUACAAUUGUAUUUGUUUGUGAUGCAAUGAUAGAAAAUAAAGUCAAUAAGAAAUUUGAACACUUUGAAACAAAAUUUGCAACAAAUAAUACUUCUUUUUGUUGGACAAAAAAUGAAAAUACUAUUGUUAAUUUUCUUAAAGAAAAGUUUUACUAUUAUUAUAUAAGGUCUAAAACUUUAUUAAAAGAUGACAACA